GCAAAUACACCCACGCCAAAAACUUGCAACUGCUCGCGAAAACCGGUCGCCGACUCCCGAUCGGCCUCAGCGGCGGCGAGUCUCUCCAAUCCGUCAUCUAUAUGCUUGCUACGACGAUGGAGGCGUCACCGAUGUCGUACAAGAAGGCCACGGCGGCCCUGGACGAGGCUGCGAGGGCGAGGCUGCGGGGCCCGUUCUUCGGCAGCACCACGCCGCCCGCCGGGCGCGAGGACGUCGACGACGACGGCCUGGUUGAGUUGGUCGACGAGUUCUACAACGGAUAUGGCGAGGAUGCCGUCCCCAAGCAGGCCGUGGCGCCGCGGGCUGCCGCGUGGAUAGACACGCUGCGAGCGGCGCUGGCAGAUGCGACCGCUGAUGCGGCGGCGGCACGGGUCCGCGCCGAGGCGGAGCGCGCCGUCGUGGAUGCACGGACGACCGUGGCCGGUGGCGAAGGCGUCAGGAAACGCGUCGUGGAAAGGCUACGCGCGAGAGGGUUCGAUGCCGGUAUCUGCCGAUCGUCGUGGGAAAGAAGCAGCAGCUCCCCGGCGGGCAGCCACGAGUACGUGGACGUGGUAUUGUCGGCGGGCUUUUCGACGUCUCGCUACAUCGUCGAGGUCAACGUCGCCGCGGAGUUCGAGACGGCGAGGCCCAGCGCCGAGUACCAGGAGCUCCUCCUCGCGCUCCCGCCGGUGCUCGUCGCGACGCCGGAGGCUUUCAAGCAGGUCGCCGCGGUAAUGUGCGCGGCGGCGGCGGAGUCGAUCCGAGGCGCCGGCAUGCACGUGCCUCCGUGGAGGCGGGCGCGGUACGUCCAGGCCAAGUGGUCCGGCAAGUACAAGAGAAUGGCGGCCCCCGUCGCCGGGCCGACUGUGGCGCAACGGGAAGUGCCGAGCAGCACUACAUCGUCCGAUGCUCGCCGGCGGCGCACCAUGCCGUCCGGUGGCCCGAUGAAUUGCGGAAUGGAGAUGGGGCGGGAAGGAUUGGUCGGCGCGAGGCCGUUGAUGUUCAGAGGAUUGUGACACGAUGCUGUAUGCAUGCAACACCGGUGCUCUGAUCGGAGAUGAGAUGACGAGCCUGUCCGUUUCUUUAGCCUCUCUGGCUUGCCAGCUGUCUAUCAUUUAUACGGAGUAUUUAACUUUUAUUUUUUCCGGCAAGGGGCUAGCUGUAGAAUGUUCUUGCUGGUCACGGCUGUUGAAGUGUAAGUUUUGGGAGGUUCUGUACUGGCCUAUGAAAAAUUAGUAACUGUAAGAUAUACAUUCAUCUAUCCAAAAAAAUGUAUAAAUUUGUUUUA